CAUUUGAAAUGGUUAGUAUAAAAGUAACAGAAAGGUUGGUUAAAACAUUACAUUUCUUUUGACAAGGAAAAGUAACACAUCCACCAUGUCACGCUUCGUCGUCCUCGCCUUGUGUGCCCAGGCUUGUCUGAUACAGGCGGUUUUCAGUCAACAGUGUGGUUGUAAUCAAAUCUCUUAUGGAUCGCCCGGCCUCAUCGAUCUCGGCGGCAUCGAGAAAAUAAGCCUAAGCGCACCCAGUGCCAGCAUUAGCUACAGUGCACCUAGCAUCAGUCUGAACACACCCGGCUACGCAUCCGCGUCGUACGGCGGCGUGGGCACUGGCCAGGUCGGCGUAUCCGGCGACAUCGGUGCGAGCGGCCAGACCGUCGUCGUCGGCUCCGUGCCCGUGCUCGGCUCUGUCGACUUCAGCGGCAAAGUGCCGGCGGCCGGUUCCGUGUCUAUUUCCGGACAGUGCGGAUGUGGGUGCAAAGCUCCAGAGCUGGAACGGCUGCUGGAGCCACCAAUCUGCUCGGUGAUGGCGACGCAGUCCCCGCAGCCGUACGACACAGGCGCCGAGCCGCUGGUGUCGAACUUGCCCUCGAACGCCACCGCGCUCAGGUACGGGAGCGUACCGGACAGGUCCAGGUCCCCGGACAGGCCCAGGUCAGUGGCGACGGCGAUGCCGGACGGCGCGAUGGGGCCGGCGCUGGUCACGGCCGUUCUAAGCCAGUCAUGCGGUUGUAACCAAUACUCAUAUGGUACGUCCGGACUGAGCUCACAGAGCUGCGGCUCGUACGGCGGUACCGGCACCGGCCAGGUGGGCGUGUCCGGCAACAUCGACGCGUGCGGGCAAACCUGCGUCGUCGGCUCCGUGCCCGUGCUCGGCUCCGUGGACUUCGGUGGAUGCGUGCCCGCCUGCGGUUCUGUGUCCAUCCAGGGACAGUGUGGAUGCGGAUGCAAUUAAUUUCAUUAAUGAAUAAUAAGAAGAUGCAUUAAAAUACGUUUUAUUGAA